GUAUUUACUAGUCUAUGGUGCCAGUUGCCACUCAACAUCUGUGAUCUGUCACUCUCAGUUCUUCAACUUCGAUUUCGGUAUUUCAGGACUUUCAGGAUAAUUAGUUAUUGCUUUUUAAUUCUUCACAGGUUUUUGAAGCUGGAUGUCUAAGUGAAACUUUCGUUAUUGUAAAAUAAUGCAGUACCCAUCCGACGAGUCGUAUACUCGGCUUAUAAGCCAUAACAUGACAGUACCACAUAGGAUAAAGGCAACUGGGGAUAUUGUUGAUGAGGAUACUCUUCCUAAUGGAUGGGAUUAUGCUAAUGAGAAAUUUGAUAUGAAGGUACCAGAGCGAAUUCUCGUUGUGGGACAAGAUCAGCACUUAGGUAUGAAAGCUACUCCCAGAGAGAUACAACUGGAUAAUGCAGUUUUACCUACUGAUCCUGGAAUGGUUAGAGUCAGCACACCUCCUCGUGUUAUCACACUGGAUCAGCACUACUUUCCUUCUGCAGAUGAUUUUCCAGCUGAACUGGCUAACUCUCCUCCAAGAAGUGUACGGCCCAUGCGUUCCUUGGGUGAUGGAGUAAGAUCCAAAACACCACAAAGUGAACUAUUUAAUGAAUCUACAUUGACUGAAUCACGAUUGGUUCUAAGAGAUCCAACACCACCAAUGGGCAAUGGAGAGGGUCUCUCAACAUCUGAAGAGCUAGUGCAUCUUCGAAGACAGAUUGUCAAACUCAAUCGCAGAGUAAUGGCUAUAGAGGCUGAACAGUUGCAAAGACAACAAAAAGAAAAAAUUGCAUAUGCAAUAAGUAUUGCCUACAUAUUGUUCAAAGUUAUUGCUUGGCUAAAUAGGUCUUAAUUUUCUUACAUAGUAUCAUAUAAACUUAAGAUGAAGUUUUUCCUCAUUUAUCAACUUCAUGAAUUU